AUGACUACCAAUUUUCUGCGAAAUCGAUACCCGACGCGCAGUAUCCCCUUUGAUAAGUCACCAUACCAAGUCUGGACUGGAAGGAAGCCGGUGUUGGCAAACCUAAAAGUAUUUGAUUGUCAUGCUUUUGUGACGGUUCCAAAAGAAAAGCGAAGCAAACUCGAUGCACGCGCUAAACUUUGUCGAUUUGUUGGCUAUUCCGAGCAUGAAAAGGCUUGUCGGUUUGAAGAUGUCAAAACUGGUCGCAUUUGUAUCAGUCGCGACACCAAAUUUCUCGAAAAUGUCUUUGAUAGUGGCAGUCAAGAUUACUUUCAAGAUCAAGUUGCUGAUGAUGUUGAGUCAACUACAGAUGAAGAAGUGCUGUCAGAUGCUGUUGGCCAAGACGAGGCUACGAUGAUACAUACAUGA